CAAUAAAAGUAAGGAGACCCUUUUCUUUCUUUUGUGAUUCAGUCGUCAAAAUAACAGAGGAUAUUUUGGGUUUAAAUAUAUCCUUUUGAUAUUAUAAAUCGCAAAAAUGGCAGAGCCGGAAGUAGUGGCAUUGGAUUUAACAAUCGACGAUUUAGUUCCAAAAAGUCCGGAAAGACUGGCCGAAGAAAAGAAAGAAAGUGGUAACCACUUGUACAAAUUUAAAAAUUAUAAAGGUGCAUUAGCAAUGUAUGAAGAAGCCAUAAAGCUAUGUCCGGAUAAUGCAUCAUACUAUGGAAAUAGAUCAGCCUGUUACAUGAUGAUGGGCAUGUACAAAAAGGCUUUAGAAGAUGCUCAAAAAGCUGUUGCAUUAGAUCCAACAUUCACAAAAGGUUAUAUACGUGUCACAAAAUGCUGCAUAGCUCUUGGCGAUUUAUUUGGUGGUGAUCAAGCAGCCCAAAGAGCCAGUGAACUUGGUGGACCAGACUGUGUAACAAGUGAGAGACGUGCACUUGAAACCCUGCGCAGACUCAAUGAGGAUGCACAGCGAGCUUUGGAUGCUGGUGAUUAUCGCCGUGUUGUAUUUUGCAUGGACCGGUGCCUUGAUUACAGUCCUUCAUGCACCAAGGCAAAACUAACAAAAGCAGAAUGCUUGGCAAUGCUUGGUCGUUGUCAAGAAGCACAAGAAAUUGCGAAUGACUGCCUACGGUCAAAUAGUUUCGACACGGAAGCCAUAUUUGUUCGGGGAUUAUGUCUGUAUUUUGAGGACAAAGAUGAACAGGCAUUCAAGCAUUUCCAGCAAGUAUUACGACUGGCACCAGAUCAUAAGAAAGCAAUGGAAACCUAUAAAAAAGCUAAGCUCUUAAAACAGAAAAAAGAAGAAGGUAAUGAGGCUUUCAAAAUGGGUCGAUGGCAACAAGCUCUUAAUCUUUACAACGAGGCUCUAGAGGUGGACAAGAACAAUAAAACUGUUAAUGCCAAACUAUAUUACAACAAAGCAACCGUGUGUGCUAAACUGAAUCAGAUAAAGGAAGCUGCGGAGGCUUGCACCGCCGCGCUGGAACUGGACGAGAACUACGUGAAGGCCCUACUGCGCCGCGCCAAGUGUUACACCGAGCUCGGGGAGCACGAGGAAGCCGUCAAGGACUACGAGCGCCUGCUCAAGAUCGACAAGACCAAGGAAAACAAACAGCUCCUACAUGAAGCUAAGAUUGCCCUCAAGAAAUCCAAACGCAAAGACUAUUAUAAAAUCCUCGGCGUCGAGAAGAACGCUUCCGAAGACGAUAUCAAGAAAGCGUACAGGAAGCGCGCGUUGGUGCACCAUCCGGACCGGCACGCCGGCGCGUCGGACAGCGAGCGGCGCGAGCAGGAGCGCCGCUUCAAGGAAGUGGGCGAGGCGUACGGCGUGCUCAGCGACCCCAAGAAGCGCGCCCGCUAUGACCACGGACAGGACCUCGACGACGGAUGCUCUGGUGCAGAUAUCGACCCGAACGUAGUUUUCCAGGCGUUCUUUAACCGCGGCCAACAUUUCGAAUUCCCGACUGGCGGAUUCCCCGGUUCUUCAUUUACUUUCCAAUUCGGUUAAUUUUCUUCAACUAACAUAUUACAUACAGAAGAUACCACAAUACUUGAAAAAUGUUUACAAGUACAAUGCCUAAUACUGUCAUUCCAAUUACAUUAAAAUAUAUGUUUACUAAUGGAAAAUUAUAUCUGAGUUUGUAACUUAUGUAAGAGAAAAAUUACCAAAUAACUACAGUCUUAUAUGCCAAAAAUGAUAAAAUUAAGUACAAUAAUUUCUCAAAUCAACACAUUGGUACCUCUAUUUGUUUUUAGAAAUAUAUAGUUCAAUCACUUUUAUCGUAUGACUCUUGACAACAUUUUUAUAUGGAUUACUUAAGUCUUACUAUUUCCUCUAAAACAGUUUUUACAAUUUUGCUUGAAUUAAGUUUGGUGGAUCAAAACAUACAUAGUGAUUUAAAUUGACUGAUUUGGUUAAGUGAUUUAUUGGUUUAUGUUUUGGUUUUUGUGUUCAAACCAAGUGGUAUCUAGAAGCUUAUAAGUUUGUAGCAAGCCAUAGUGUAGUCGCGACACAAAAACAUCUCUUCCCAAACCAUAAUUUCACAAAAGAGAAAUAAGUGUUCGAUAAAUGUUACAAGUUAUAUUCUCUAUUGUUUUAACAAUUUAAUAAAAUCUUACACAAGAAGAGUGA